GGACCCCGCCCUCUCGGACGCUUGUCUGCGUGCGCCGCGGGCUGGUGCUCAGCUGCCGGGAGCCGGCCGAGGUGUGCCGAGCGCGCAGCGCCCACUUGACCCGGCUGCACUGCCGCGUGGAGGAGUCCUGGAGAGCACGGAGCGGAGCCCCGAGAUGGACUUGGUGAUCUUCGAGGAUGUGGCUGUGGACUUCACCCUGGAGGAGUGGGCCUUGCUGGAUUCUAUGCAGAGGAACCUCUAUAGAGAUGUGAUGCUGGAAACGUUCCAGAAUCUGGUCUCAGUGGAUUAUGAAACACUGUUUAAAGCCAGUGGGUUGGUUUCUCAACAGGAUACGCUUGAAAAAAAAAAAUCUAUUGAACAGAAAAUGGCAAAAUUCACCAGAAAUCAUUCUUGUGCCUACGUUUUAGAAAAAAAUUGGGAAGAUGACAGCACUAAAGAUCAACAUGGAAACCAUGCAAGACAUCAGAGAAAUCCUGCAACAGACAGAUUCUGUGAAAGUAAAGAAAGAAAUCAGCACAGAGGAACUUGCAGCCAGCUUCCUCAUUUUAAUUUCUGCAAGAAUAUUUCCACAGGAGUAAAACUCUAUGAAUGCACCAAGUGUGGGAAAGGCUUCAUGCAUCUUUCUUCCCUUAAAAGGCACGUCAGAUCUCACUGUGGACAAAAACCACACCUGUGUCAGGAACACCAGCAGGCUUGCAUUUGUGGCACAUGCCUGAGAACUCACACUGGAAAGAAGCCCUACGGAUGUAAAUUAUGUGGGAAAACCUUUCCUUAUUUCUACUCUCUCACACAGCAUAUCCAGAUGCACACUCCGGAGAGAAACUAUGAAUGCAAGCAGUGUGGGAAAACCUUCCAAGAGUUCUCCAGUCUUACUAGACACGUGAAAACACACACUGGGGAAAAGCCAUAUAAGUGUAAGGAAUGUGGGAAAGCCUUCAUGUAUCCCUCAAUCUUUCAGAGACACGUGGUGACACACACAGAGGAGAGGCCGUAUGAGUGUAAGUUAUGCAGAAAAGCCUUCCACCAUUCUUACUCUCUCACUCAGCAUAUGAAGAUUCACACUUCAGGGAAAACCUAUGAAUGCAGGCCGUGUGAGAAAACCUUCCAUGAGUUCUCCAGUUUUACUGGGCAUGUGCAAACUCACACUGGAGAAAAGCCAUACAAGUGUAAGAAAUGUGGGAAAGUCUUUAUUUAUCCCUCUGUCUUUCAAAGGCACAUGAUAACACACACUGGGGAGAAGCCCUAUGAAUGUAAGUUAUGUGGGAAAACUUUUCGACAUCCGUACUCCCUUGCUCAACAUAAAAAGAGUCACACAGCCGAGAAAACUUAUGAAUGCAAGCAGUGCGGCACAGCCUUCCGCGGGUUUGCCAGUCUUACUAGACACGUGAGAACCCACACUGGGGAGAAGCCACAUAAGUGUAAGGAAUGUGGGAAAGCCUUCAUGUAUCUUUCUACCUUUCGAAGACACAUGAUAACACACACUGGAGAGAAGCCCUAUAAGUGCAGACAGUGUGGGAAAACCUUCAGUUAUCCCCAGUCUUUCCAACGACAUGAAAAGACACACACUGGAGAGAAGCCCUAUGAAUGUAAGGAAUGUGGGAAAGUCUUCAGUUGGCCUGAAACCUUCCGAGUCCAUCUGAGGGUUCACGCUGGGGAGAAGCCGUAUAACUGUGAGUUCUGUGGGAAGGCUUUCAGUUCCCCCAAGUCCUUCCAGGGGCACACAAGAACCCACACUGGGGAGAAACCUUACGAGUGUAAACAGUGUGGAAAAGCUUUCAGUUGGCCCUCAACCUUUCGAGAACAUCUAAGAAGCCACACUGAGGAGAAACUGUAUAAAUGUGAGAAUUGUGGGAGAGCCUUCACUUCUUCCAGAUCCUUCCAAGGCCACGUGUGGACUCACACUGGAGAGAAGCCUUAUGAGUGUGCACAAUGUGGGAAAGCCUUUAGUUGGUCCUCAUCAUUACAAAAGCAUGUGAGGAUGCACACUGGAGAGAAACCCCAUAAAUGUAAACAAUGUGGGAAAGCCUUCAAGUGGCCCUCAUCCUUUCGAAACCACAUGAGGAUGCACACUGGGUAGCAGCCCCAGAAAUGCGUGUAAUGUUGGAAGAGUCUUUGUUAGGCCAGGCUUUCUAGAGAGAGAUUCGGUAAUUGUAAGUAAUGUUGAAAUAUCUUGCACUAAUUCAUGUAUUAUACUCUGGGAAGGAAAUACAGAAGUUAUAAACAUGAUAUUGUGUUUGUCAUUACCUCAUUUAACACUGGACCCCUAAAUAGUGAAUUUCUGGUUCUUUCACAAAUAAGUGCUCAUGUAAGAACUCUAAGUCCUCCUUCAGCGAGGGUGUGGAAGCUUGAAAAGUGUUCUGUUUUUUUGCCCAAUUUUUCAGUUAAUACCAUUUUCUUUCUUGGUAGUGCUACAGUAAUGUGAAGUGUGCUUUUAUGUGACACAGAGUUUAACUCUCAUAUACUGUAUUGUAGUGUAAGUGCGUGAGCAUCUGAUUAUAACGUAGCACCUGACAGCGUUGGACUGCUGUGGCUUCUGUGUCAAAGACCUCCAUGUGGACUAAAUAUAGUUAGCUGUUGGGCGCCUGGGUGGCUCAGUGGGUUAAGCCGCUGCCUUCGGCUCAGGUCAUGAUCUCAGGGUCCUGGGAUCGAGUCCCGCAUCGGGCUCUCUGCUCAGCACGGAGCCUGCUUCCUCCUCUCUCUCUGCCUGCCUCUCUGCCUACUUGUGAUCUCUCUCUGUCAAAUAAAUAAAUAAAAUCUUUUUAAAUAAAUAAAUAAAUAAAUAAAUAAAAGCAAACCAGAAAGAAAUGUUGAGGAUGUGGAGAAACGAACCGUUGUACACUGUUGAUAAAAUGGAAAAGCCACUGUGCAAAAUACUAUGGUAGUUGCUGAAAAAUGUAAAAUAGAAUUGCCGUCUGAUCCAGCAAUUCCACUUCUGGGUAUAUACCCAACAGAACUAAGAGCAGAAUCUUGAAGAGAUGUUGGUACACUCGUGUUCAUAUCAGCGUUAUCCACAAUACCUAAAAUGUGCAAGCAACUCACAUGUCCACUGAUGGAUGAACAGAUAAGCCAGAUGGAGGCCAUACAUUUAAUGGGCUAUUUUUCAAACUUAAAAAGGAAGGAAAUUGCAAUGUGUAGUGAGACAGAUGGCUCUUGAGGACAUUAUCCUAAGUGAAAUAAACCCAUGAGACACAAACACCAUAUGAUUCUACAUGUAUGACUAAGGGUGUCAAAAUCACGGGAACCUGGGUGGCUCAGUGGGCCAAAGCCUCUGCCUUUGGCUCAGGUCAUGAUCCCAGGAUCCUGGGAUCAAGUCCCACUUUGGGCUCUCUGCUCAGCAGGGACCCUGCUUCCCCCUCUUUCUCUGCCUGCCUCUGCCUACUUGUGAUCUCUCUCUGUCAAAUGAAUAAAUAAAAUCUUUUUUAAAAAAAGUUUAAGAGUGUU